UAGAGGUUCUCAGUCAAAAACAUGGCUGCCGAGAGGGAAGUAGAAAUCCGCUCGAUAUUUUGUCGUCUUGAUUUUCCCACCCUCUUAAACUGCAAAGAGGUUGUGUGUGUCUYAUAGCAUGAGGGAGGCAUUCAAGAAUGAGAAAAGCACUACCUCAAGGAGAUACUUACGCGAAAAGCCGAGAAAAACAAGUCAAAUCGUCUGUGUCCCGUAUAUACAGAUCUUCAGUACAGUUGGCACAGAGACUUGACAUAUUAUGCAAAUCGGCUACAGAUUGGAAUGAGUUAUUCCAGGCCGAAACAUUAGGAAUCAGACAAAAAUUAAGAAGCAAUUGUGAGCAUUUAAUGUUUAACGAUCAAAAAGARUAUGGGAGAAAAGCAGAAGAUUUACUAUGGAGAAAAGUGUACUAUGAUGUCAUUCAAUGGCUAAGGCAGCGCAGAAAGGGUUCUGAUGGUGACAUUGAAAUUGAAAGUGCAUAUCGUACCCAUCUAUUGUCUGCCUCAGGGUUUUACUUUCGUUUAUUGCUGAAGUUGCAACAACAUUAUGACAUUAAACUUGAGGGCAUAGUAUCUUGGACAGCAUUGGAAACAGAAGAUUCUUCAGGUGAUUCUGACAAAGAAAUCAAGGACUGGGCGUUGAGAGCAUGUCAGAGAUGUCUAAUAAGUCUUGGUGAUUUAGCACGUUAUCAACAGGAAUUUGAAUAUUUCAACAAGAACAUGAAGYUAGCAGAGAGGUUUUACUUGGAAGCAUAUCAUCUUAACCCUGCUCUAGGUAUGCCACAUAAUCAGCUUGGUACCUUACUAGGUGGACUGUCAUAUGGAUGCGAGGGUGUAUAUCACUACAUGAGAUGCAUGAUGUCCAAGGAGAAAUUUGAAGGAACUGAAGGAAAUCUGAUGAGACUUUUUGAAAAGAAUAGAGUAGUGGUUAUGAGCUUAAAAGAGCUGCCUAUUAAUGCACCGGUUGCUGAGAAAGUGAAAAGAUUUCUUGUGUACUUUGUCUAUCUACAAGAUGUUCUUAACAACCAUGAAAGUUCUGAAAGUUGCAAUGAAGAGAUAGGACAGCUCUGUCAGUCGGUUCUCCAAGACAUGGAUAUAGUUUUGUCCCUAGAGAAAACCACCMCUUUAGCAGAGAAUGGUGAAAAGCAAGAAAGCUCCAUUUCCUUAACCAAUGGUGAACAUGUCAAUGGAAAAGCUACCUCAAGUGAUGAGAGCAAGAGUGGAAAUGUUGAACUGACAGAGCCAUURAUGGUAAAAGUUGCUGGUGCUUUGAUUAUGACACUGAUGAAACUCAAGGCUGAGGGGUCUUCUGAAGCAUCAGUAGCUACAGCAUUCACCUUGGCCUUCUUGUCCCAACUCCUACAACAGUGCAUAUCUUCACUAGAGCAAGAUCCAGCUAACAAGAAGGUAAACUCCACCAAYGCAAAGCUAACAAAUGGCAAGACAAAUCUUGAUCAAAACUUCAUUGACAAAGAACAUGAGCAGCUAAAGAAAGUACGACAGCUCAAAAGAGCUAUCAAGACCCGCCGCAGAAGACAAAAGAGGAGAGACAUGAGUAGUAGCUUGGACAACUGUAGUGCAAGUGAUAGCGAUACAAUAGAAAUGGACAGUGGUGAUGAGAGUGACUUAAGUGAAGGGGGAGUGGAGGAUUUAGAAAGUGAAGAUGAAGAAAGUGAUGAUGUUUAUGUGGAGAGUGAUUCAGAAGAAGAGAGUAGCUUYACUAACAGUUCUUCUCCAAGAUCUCUGUUCUCCAAACAAGAAAAGAAGGAUCCCAAGAAAGAGGUUUUGAAUGGAAACUCUUUGACUGAGGCAGGGAAGUUGUUGACUCAGCAGAUCAUGAGAGACAACUUGAUGUCCAAGAAUGGGGUUGCAUUUGGRAAGGUGACUCAGAUUGAUGCUAGUGAUGUCAGUGAUGUAGAGACUGAAUGUUCUGUCCUGUCAUGGGGAAAGAGAGAGGAGUUUGAAGAACUUGCUGUAGUUAGGAGGUUACUCAAUGAGAAGCUGUUACCAGCRAUUAAGAUCAUGACUGACUGGCUUACUGUCAACCCUGACAUCAUUUCCACUUGUGUUGAGAGUUCCUCCUCUCUUUGGUCCAAGAUGGCAUCUUUGUUGAACUUACUUCCAUCAUCGGAACAACUAAAAAGUACAGCAACUGGAAAAAGCAAUCUGUGGAAGGAAAUUGUUGGACAAGAGAUGGACGAAAACUGGCAACAAACAUAUGCCCUUCCUGAAGAUGUGUGUAUGUAUGGACUUUAUCCACUGAUAGAGAUACAUAGWAAGAUGAACAUGUAUUGGACAAGGCCCCCAAAAGAAGGCAGAUGCUUGGAGACGAUCAUCAGGACUUUGAGUUUGAGGAACUUUGGAUUCAAGCUAUCGAGAAUGAAGGCGUUAAAAUCGUUUUCGUGGRACGAAAGUAACAAGGUAUUUCUUGGUCCAAAUCAGUUGGUAGAGAAAGAGAAGAAAGAAACAGAGCUCUCUCAACAUGAGGCUGCCAGUCGUCGAACACAAGUAAUGAAAACCAUGGCUCACCGCAGAAUGCAGUCUGAAGUAAGCAAGCUGGAGAAGUCAUUGCAAUCAGCUCCAAAAGGAAGUACAGCAUACUUGGUACCAGAUGCCCCAGCAUUGUGUUCUCAGCUCCAUCUCAUUCGUAGGUUGAUAAGCAUGGAAACUUUUGUGAUGAUCAUACCGAUCCAAGUGAUUGCAGCCCUUGACAGUCUUAAGAAGCAUGAUACUGGAGCAAGAGAAUCCAUCAAGUACCUGGAAGGAGAGUUCAAGAAGGGAAACAGGUGGAUCAGAGCUCAGAAGGACAACGAGACGGUUGAGUCAAGCAAGARACGUGGACGAUACGAUGAUGUUGCAGUCUGGAGAUUCAACCAGGUGGUCAACUGCUGUCGUUACUUCGUUAAUCAGACCGGCCAAGGCUUGGUUACGUUGUUGUUGGGGAUCAAUGCCAUGGGGAGUCCGCAGAAAGGCCAGAGAAAGCGAUCUGCGGCUACUGGUACCCAGACCACUCCAGAAGUUGUUGAAUUUGCUCGCAGUUGUGGCGUAAAUGUGGAGUCUCUGAGGGCGUUUUGUGACAAGUACACAAGCACCAGAUCAGUAACUUGAAGCAUGUGGCUAGAAGAUGGUGGGGCUUAUUCCACGUGUGUUAAGAAGAAGAAUACCACAAAGACUGUGGUAACAACAGACCUCCAACGGUCACAAUCAGUUCUAAAGAAAACAGUCUGAUAGGCACUUAAGAGAUUCCACCAGGCAGACUAGAGCCGGGCUAAGCUGUAUUCAGUACUCUAYGCAAAUCAGUUUUCAGACGUAUUUCUAGAACACUACUAUAACAGUCAUGCAAGAAAACAUCUAACACAGGCCAAURAUCUCUUGCCUUUGUGCAUUUGAAGGUUCAAUGGAUCGAAACUACUUUAGUAGAAAUCGUUAAUUUUAUCGAAGAUUUCUAGAGUGGUCCUAUUAUAUACCUUCGUUUGGUUGAACUAYAGGUAACAAAUUACGACAAAGCUAGAUACAACAUAGCCAGACACGGAGUUAAGACGUUACUAGACGCAUUGCGCAGAGCUAGACUAACAAUUAAAGGUUUUCAUGGUUACCAGGGUUUUUUUCUAGUAAAGUUAGGUCGUUAAACGUCGAAAUCAAUCAGGACACUUACCCUUGACAUUGUAUAUUUUAGCUUAGGGGACUUUUGGAGCACCUUCAGGCAGCUUGGUUAUGGUAAAGAUAUCAAAUCCAAUGRCGCUUGACUCAGUUUGCACAUGUCCAAUUUAUCUGUAGAGCAAAGGAUAAAACAUUCUGUAAUUAGGAAUGGAUCUAUUAAAAACUCAAUGUGGUGUACUGAA